AUGGAUCGAGAUGCAUAUUUGCGUUAUCAGUCGGGUGCGUCAGGUGGUGACCUUGGUGAUAUCGGGGACGCCCAUUCCUCAUAUCUUGCUCUCUUGCUCUCUCCUCUCUCCGCCGACAAAGGUCAUCUCCCCUCCGAAGUACACUCGGACUUAUUCGCGGAGAACACUCCAGCAUCGCCAUUCUAUUGCGCUCUGUCAUUCUCGCUUUCCGUGCAAUACACUUCUCCUGCUAGCUCCAGUUCGGUCACCAAGCACCACCAAGACGGCCCUGCUGCCCUGUUCUCACAGUGCCAAAACGCGUUCCGUGUAUUGCCGCUUCUAUCUCUCUUGAUAUUAUCAGCGUCGCUCAGCGAGCAUCUGUUCUCGAUGGACGUCGACCAGGCACAGCACUCCCAUUCGCCUUUUCCGUCCCCAGACCAGCACUUCUCGCCUCAGCUGCACCAGCAGUCUCAACAGCAGCAACACAGCGGACAAGGCCAGUCGUCACCAUCUCAGCAGCAAACGCAACAACCGUCACCAGAUUCACCGUCCCAAUCACUAUCUCAGUUGGGACCAGGGGGUCAGGGUCAGGCCGCCCAGGGUCAAAACCAGUGGUCCGCCGCGCACAACCAGCAUCCGCACCCGCAUCUGCUCCCGAUUUCAGUCCCAGUCGCGGGCGCCAUAUCCGCCGUCUCCGCCUCCCCUACCUCCUAUUCUCCCGCCUCCGCCCAUCCUACGGACGGGUAUCCCUUUUACUCGCAGCAGCCGCAGUCUCAAUCUCAGCCGCAGCCGCCCCAGGUUCCUGGUGCGGACGGAGGGCACCACGGACACGGCCAGACUCACGCCCAGCAGGGCAUGGAACGCUCUGCAUCUCUUUCCUUGAACAUCUCGAGUUUGAGUGUCCAGAGUCCUGCGAACCUUUCACCGCUGACGCCCAGUCCUCACCCGAGUACAGCGAGUACUGUGCAGACGCUGAGCCCUGUUACCCCACUCAGUCCUUCCACUACCCCGCACGCACAGCACUAUCAGACGCAUACGUCUCAUAGUAAUAGACAGGACCAUCAAGGCAACAUGUUUGCGUAUGCUCCUCCUAAUGAGGGAACAUAUAAUACAGUGGGCGCAUAUUCUACCAGUGCAGCCGUGCCCCUUCCUGCAUAUGCUCGCGCUCCAAGUUCGCGUUCCUCUUCCGCGGCAUCUACGGCUGCCCUCUCGACCAAAUCGUCCAUCCCGCGGAAGCGCUCGUUUGCAAACGCAUCUUCGCUACCUGUCACGACACUGGAAGUCGGUGAGCCCGGGACGGUACCUGGCUAUAAUCCUGCACUUGGCCAGAGCACGCAUGAGCUUACGCCUGCAAACUUCGAGGACGUCGAUGUUGAUUUAUAUUCUGGCUCCGCAGGAAUGGAAGGUCUUGAGGGACGAAGUGGAGGCAGUCCAGGUGAUCCUGCGGACAGCUCCAGCGGUGACGGCGAUGAGGACCCGUUCAAGUCGCUUUCGCUCGGCGUCGGAUCCGGCGGCCACGCCAACUCGGGGCUUUCUGCCCUGUCGAUCCCGUCGCACGGAGGCGGUUACGGCCCCGCGUCGGCGAAGACAACAGGGACGAAUAACUUCGUCACGAAGCUUUAUCAGUGCGUAUCUUCGAUCCAAUUUAAGAAGUCAUUAGUCUGUUUAUUGACGGCUCCUUCUUCUCCGUGCUUCUUUCACUCUAAUCUACCUCUCCUUGGCCUUGUGUGCUGGUCGGUAUUUGUGACAUGCCAUGACGUCCUGCACUUCGCGAUCGCUGUUUCCCACCAUCAACCCUCCCAAUAUGGGUCCGUGAACCGCGUUCCUCUCCGCGUCCGUUCUGUGCCUUGCGACUCAUCGGACUAUGUCGCUGAAUUUUGUCCAUCCCGCGCCGUCUAA